AUGGCCUCGUCGCCCCCCGCAGUCGAUCCCCAACGUGAGGAUUCAGGUUCUACCGAACGGAAACCGAUUUCCCCGUCCACGGCAACCGACGCGGCAGAGAACCAGGCCUCCCUAUCCCCGGAUCAAUCCCAGACGCUGCCAUCGAAUCAAACCGCUGCGACUCACGAGGAUGACGAUGAUUCCGAUUUGGACGAUUUAGACGAGGUCCUCGACAACUUCAAACCCGCCCCUCCAGCGGCGCCCAGCAAGGAUGUCCCCGCACCAACCAUGACUGGCGAUGCCGCCGCCGAGGGUUUCGACGAAGAAGCGUUCAUGAGACAACUCGAAAAGGACAUGGCCAAUAUGAUGGGUCAAGCGGCGCCGGAAUCCGGCGCUGCCGAUCCCCAAGGGUUUCGAGACACCAUCGAGCAGGGCGCGGACGCCUUCACGAAACAACUAGAGGAAAGCGGCAUUCCCCCGGGGGAUUUUAUCAAGCAGCUUCUUGCGGACGUGAUGGCCGAGGACGCUGGCGCUGGCGCCGCUGGGUCAAGUGCUGCGGGGGUCCCGGCAGCAGCAGUGGCGGACGAUGGACAGAAAGGCGCGCCAUCACCGGAGUCAUUUAACGAUGCGAUCCAACGCACGAUCAACCGGAUGAAGGAAUCCGGUGAUAAGGCGACGGCCGCGGCAUCGGAGGACGAUAUCUCCGAUGAUCUGAUGGCGCAAUUGCUCAAAGCCGUGGAGGCUGGGACGGCGGGCGCCGGCGACGAGGGAGAUCUUACCAAGAUGUUCAUGGGCAUGAUGGAGCAGCUGUCCAACAAGGAGAUGCUAUACGAGCCAAUGAAGGAACUCCAUACCAAGUUUGGGCCCUGGAUCGCUGAAAACAAGGGCAAAGGGAAGGUCUCCGACGAGGACAUGAGUCGGUACGAGACCCAGGCCGUGAUUGUGGGCGAGAUCGUGGCCAAAUUCGAAGAACCGGGUUAUACAGAUGGGGAUCCCAAGUGCAGAGAGUACGUCUGGGAGAAGAUGCAAGCGAUGCAAUCUGCAGGCAACCCGCCGGAUGAGCUCGUGUCUAAUCCCUGGUUGGACGAUCCGAAGGGCGCGGGCGCUGGGGGAAUGCCGGACUGUCCCCAGCAAUAG